GCCAAUCAACAUGCAGUGAUUAUACUGAUGUUAAUGGUGGCCAAUAGUAGCUAACAGAAACAGAAGCAGUAUGAGGAAACAGAAUGCAAGCAGCAUGAACUGUGCUGAAUGAAAGCGCAUUUGAGAAAUGCUGUGAGUGGAUGGAAUGCAUCCACGUUGGAUGAAAAGCAGAUUAAAUAACUCCCGGUAUGGUGGACUGAAAAUAACAGAACUUCAAGGAAAUAACAAUAUAUUGGAUAUAAAACUAGAUGAAGCCAGCAGACUGCUGAAGUUGGGCCAAACUAAAGAGACUUGUAUGAAGGAAGAAUGUGCUACUCUUCAGGCAACAAUACAAGGACUUCAGGAAACAAUACAAACCCAGUGUGACUUACGAGAUGAAAAUGAAGAGUUAAAGAAGAACACUCGUACUUACGAAGAAAAAAAUAAAAUUAAGGAGCAGGCGCAUACAAGUCAUGUUGAGAGAAUAAUGAUGGAGAUGAAGGCCAUGGAGCAGGACCACAAAACUGAGCUUGCUGAGGUUCAAUCUGACAUGAGAAGAAAAUCUGAGAUGAAAGAAACAGAGUUGAAAGAUGCCAUUGUGAGAAAAGAAGCUGAAAUUCAGGCAAUGAAAAAGCAGCUGAAGGAUCAAGAAAGGGAGAAACAGAGUGAAAUAAUUAAACUGCAAAUGGAGUUUAAUGCAAAGCUGGCGAGAAUUCAGAGCACCUCAGUGAAAGCCCAGCAUCAAGAUCCCUCCAUCCUAGCACAGAACAUUUUCAAAAGGAAACUGCAGUUUCUGCAAGAGGAGAAGAAUAGAGAGACUGAAGCCUUGCGCAGAACGAUCAAAGAGCUGGAGCAACAGCUCAACAGCCCUCAUGAUUCUCGCCUGAAACGCAGACGGUUUUAAUCCAAGACAUUUAGAAAACAAAAUCGGCUAGAGACCAUCCUCCACAACUUCCAAACCCCUUGCUUAUAUCUUUAAAGCAUAUAAACUAUUACCUAGUAAAAAGUAUUAUAGAAAAAUGACAUAGACCACUUUCAAUUAAAAAAAGAUUUAUUGAAACAUUCAAAACAUGCUUUUUCAGCGACAGUCUACUGAUACACUUUUCAACAUUCUUGUUUGUUAGCAUUAACUGUACAGAUUAUCAGAUAUUCUAGGAGUAUUUGUUUGCCUAGAAACCUUCAUUAAGUAUGGAGAAUGCAUUCAAACAACACCUACACAUUCUUUUCUUUAACUGUUGCUUCAGCUCAACAUACAUUUUUUACAAUAAUAAAACAGCAAUAUUAGA